GAGCUGCGCUGUAAUUUAAUUAUAGCAGUUAUAAUCCGUUUAGUUUUAGAGGCACACAUGGCCAAGUAAGUUCAGGAAAAACUUAAAUAGAUAAAAACAACAACAACAGCAUACAACCGGAAAUGGAAGAAAGAGCCCGGUUACAAUGGCGAGGACGGCUAGAGUUUCUUUUCACAAAUAUGGGAUACACCGUCGGACUGGGCAAUAUUUGGCGCUUCCCGUACCGCUGUUACAUCAACGGCGGCGGUGCAUUCAUGAUACCGUAUUUACUCGCUUUAAUCUUGUGCUCAUUUCCUACGCUAUUUUUGGAAAUGUUUCUUGGACAAAUCGCUUCCGAGGGCGCCAUUUCCAUCUGGAAAAUUUGCCCACUACUCAAAGGUGUUGGAUGGGCUAUGAUAUUUAACCUGUUGAUGACCAAUAUCUACUAUUCUGUUAUUGUGAUGUACUCCCUCUUUUAUAUGACUGUGGCAUUUGUCAAUAUAGGUGGUCCGUUGCCAUGGCAAUGUGCGAAUACAACCGAGCAGCCCGAGCUUUGCCAAAAUCACUCUACAUCAGAACAUUACUGGAACCGGUUUGUUUUACGAGUGCAUGGGGAAGGGGAUAAUGUUGGGAGAGACCCAAAGGGCUUUGACAAUUUAGGGGCCGUUGUCGGCCGGAACUGUAUUUGUCUCCUGUUCGUCUGGCUGUUCUUGUUCUACUGUUGUCUACGAGGGAUACGCUCAAUCGCGAAGGUGACGUACGUGACAGCCACAUUUCCGGUCCUUUUGCUACUCAUCCUGCUUGUCCGCGGUGUGACGCUACCGGGCUAUAAAGUGGGCGUCCAUUACUUCAUAAAUCCCGAUUGGAGCAAACUAUCCGAUUUGUCCAUAUGGGCCAGCGCCGCCACCCAAGCAAUGUAUUCCAUUGGCGUGGGUUUCGGGUCCCAUAUCGUUCUUGCGAGUUAUAACAAGUUCCAUAAUAACCUAUUCCGGGAUGGGGUUGUGCUUUGUAUCGCCAAUACUGGGACUAGUUUGUUAUGUGGUUUCAUUGUGUUUUUGUUUAUCGGCCACGCGGCUGACACACUGAACAAACCGAUUUCUGAUGUGGUCGACAACGGCCCCGGGCUGAUUUUUAUCUCCUACAUACAAGGGAUUUCGCAACUUCCUGGAUCGGCGCUUUGGGUGUUCCUGUUUUUCACAAUGGUUUUCACCCUCGGGCUAGACUCUUUAUUCGUGAUGGUAUGGACGAUCUAUGCGUCAAUCGAAGACGUUUUCCCGUCCAAAGUUGUGCGACGAAAGAAGUCGAUACUACUAGGGAUCUGUUCUCUCCAUUUUAUUCUGGGUAUACCACUAGUGACGGACGGAGGGAUCCACAUUGUUGUAAUGAUGGACCAUUACGCAUCAAACUUCAGUUUUACCAUGUUCCUGCUACUGGAAAGCGUUGCCGUAUGUUGGAUAUAUGGUCUCAAGAAGUUUAUUGCAGAUAUGGAACUUAUGGUGGGAAAACGCUUUAUUUGGGCGCAGUGGUAUCUACGGCUUACAUGGAUGACGACAGUACCAGCUUUUAGCAUCUUCAUUUUCAUCGCUUCCGCCAUCAGCUAUUCGCCGUCAUCCUACAACGAACAGGAAGUGACAUCAAGAGGUGAAACGAUAGGCUUGUUGAUCAUCGUCACCCCGAUCAUAAUCACCGGGGUAACUGCACUGAUCCAAGUUAUCAGACACCGGGAACACAGAAUGACGAACGUCUGGAAGAUGGUUCGUUUAUCAACAUCAGAAAGUUCAAGCUGGGGACCACGCAACACCGACGAUAGGGUACAAACGCGCUACGUCGACAACAUUGACAUCCAGCUGGCAUCUAGGGAAACCCCUAAUUUAACCCAUACUUACCAGCCUGCUCCAAAUCCCAGUUCUCAGUCGUCGAACGCGCCGUGUAUUCCUGUUGUAUCGUUUGCUUUAGAAGAUCAGGCAAAGAAAUGAUUAAAUACUUCUUAAAUUAUUAAUGCACUAUUAAGUACCUAGACGAAAGACCAAAAGCCAAAAAAACGUACAAAUACUUUGUUUCUUAAUGGACUUAAUGUAAAUCAAAAGUUUUUUUUUGUCAUGAAUGAUACGUUCUGAAAUCAAUUAGUAUGAUCUUAGCUUGGCAUGUAAACAAUUAUUCUUAGUCUUAAUUAUAAAAUUGCUCGUUAUAUUAUUCGUUGCUAUGUCAUAUAAAAUAAAUUUUCAACUUAUGGCAAUUAGAAGUUGAAUGUACAUAUAAUGUUAGAUACAUAAAACAGUAUAUGAUUUUAUUUCUACUUUAACGGUUAAGCUGAAGUACAACAAACAGUCGAAUAGCACGUACAAUGUACUGUAAUUCGAUCGAUGUUGAUUUCGUAGCAACCAACAAAAAAGCAACAUUCUAAAAUGGUUUGCCGGGAUGGAAUGCGCAUUUGUUCAUAUCCGGGAUGAACCCACUCUAGUUCGUAUACAGCCAUGAAGAAACGAACGUACUAAUGCGCAAGAGUUUGAAGACAAAAUAAACAUCACACUGAAUGUUAAAUGUUUGUUUUAAGAACGUUUUCAAAAAUGAAUCCUGAACAGUAUCGUGCCAAAAUACGAAUAUUUAACUAUGCUGUCGUGGAAGUUUUUAAAACUUGAAUCAUUUUCUUCUCUGAAACCCCAUGGACCAGACCAAUGAUAUUUCGUAUGCAGCCUCAGUAAGUAGUCCUUUACCAAGAUCGUUCAAAUUAUGCCCCUGGGUCAAAAGUUGACCCUCCCCAUGGGUUACAAGGUUUCUAUAUACUUAUGAAGUAAAAUAUUUUAAAAUAUUCUCUUUGAAACCUCAACGCACAGGCACUUGAUAUUUUGUAUGCAGCCUCAUGAAAUGGUCCUUUUACCAAAAUUAUUCAAAUUAUGACCAUGUGGUGUAAAAUGGUCAGACGUCUCAGUUUUUCUAUAUACUUAUAUAGUAACAACUUUAAAUAUCCCCUUCUCUGAAACCGCAAGGCCAAGAGGUUUGAUCAUUGGUAUGUUGCCACAUGUAGUGGCCGUUGACAAACGUCCUUAAUAACCACUGACUGGUUGACUAGUUGGCUGUUUCAGUCAGGUGAGCGAUAUAGGGCCAUUUUGGCCGUCUUGUUUUAAUAUUAUCAAUUAAAAAUAAUGGUAUCAAUUCAUGUAUAUUAUAAAUAAUUUAUUUUGUGAGAUGUAGUGCGUGGGUGCAUUUCAGGGAACUUAUUAUAUCAAUCUUAACAUUGACUAUAAAUUAUGUAUUUUAGUUAACGUUUAAGUAAAACAAACAGUUUUAUUGAUGACACUAGCGUAGUACCUGACUUACAUAUUAAUAAGUUUGGUUUAUAUUCGAACUUAAGUUUCAUAUCAAUACUGUUUGCUAUUGUAUUGUUUCUUACUUAUGUCAUGUUGUAUAUAUUUUUUGUUUUGAUGACCCUCUCAUUGUUUAUAUUGACAUCAACAUUUGCGAUUAUUAUCAGUCAAAUUGAUAACAUGCUCAAGUUUUGCAUCGUCGUAUAGAUUUAAUAGCAAGUCGACUUCCGCUUAAAGUUAUGUGACUGAUUGUUAAUCAAAGAUAUAACGUUUAAUUAACUACAUUAUUGUUAUUUAUUAUAUCUUUUGAAAUCAGGUUUUAGGAUGUCAAACAAUGGUUGACAGUUGUUUAUAAAGCCAUAAUUUACUUGUAAACAAUUAUUACUAUUUGAACACGCUUCCUCAAUGAAUCAACUUUAGGACAAUAUAAAUAUAAUAUAAAUAGACUCUGUGAAAAAUAAGGGGGACCUAAAUUGUGAUAACUUAAAGCUGCACUCUCACAGAACGACCGUUUUCACAAAAAUAUUUUUUGCCUUGGAAUGAACAAAAUUUUGCGUAAAUGUCUGGAAACCAGUGAUAUAAGACUGCUGACCAAAGAUCAGAUCGGAGUCUUCAUAUUUACGUUGGUAAAUUGAUAUUUUAUGGCGUUACUAACGCUUUAGGAAAAAUGAGUUACUCGUAAGUUAACUAUACAGUUGAGAUAUGUUCUAUCGUUAGUUAUCUUAUAUGACUUAAUUGAAGCCGUUGAUGCCAUAGUCAGCUGAUUCUGAGACAAGGUUAAAAGAAAGUCAAACUGUCAAUUUGUGAGAGUGCACCUUUAACAAUACGUUUUUAUGUAUACGGACUUGA